AAGUGCGGAGAGAAAUUCAAGAUUGGCAACAGUGCGCCAAAUUAAACUGUUACUGGUUUGAAAAUCGGCAAUUCUUUUCUGAGAUGAAGAAGUGUUGUUAUCAUUAGUUGUUAGUCACUCAGCUGUGUGACAAUUUCUAUGAAAAACGGAGACAUGGAAAAGAAUUCGUUUUCGAAUUAUUUCGGUGAAUUGCGGCACAAGGCGCAUGAAAUCGAUGAGGGCACCGAUAAACUCGCCGAGACCUGGAAGAUACCGCAUCUUCUCGUCGGCGGUUACGCGGAGCGCACCGCCCAGACGAAUGCGUGCCUGGACGAAAUGUGGGAGUCUCUUCGGGAUACUAGCGAUAAAUUGGAGAAAAUUCAAUCAGAAUUCAAACCAUUGCUGGAAGACAUGGAUCAAUUAUUAAAAGAAUCGGAUAAGAUAUAUCAAGACUUGAAGGAACAAUGCGACGAUUUGGAUAUUGUUCUAGCAGAAUAUGGGUAUCAUUAUAAAGAGGAUGACAAUGUGCAAGAGAAACAUUGUCGAAAUGAAUGUUUCUCUCUUUUUAGAGAUGAUAGUAAAGAUAACACAAAUGACAGCAUUUUAAGAGUUGAAGAUGCGUCUGAGUUGGAAAUAGAGUUUACACCAUUCUUAACAUGGAAGUGCAAGGCUAAGUCCAAGGAGAAUCAGAUGUUUCCAGCAUAAUCUAUUAAGGAUAGUAGGAUUUCUUUAAUUUAUGCUGGAAUAAAUGUCCGAUUCACCAUUGAUGCAAUUCCAUGUAAAAGGCUUGUUUAUAGGCUAUAUACAUUUAUGUGAAAAAAUCAAAUUCAAAACAUCUUACAAAAGUAUUGAGAAGAUAGAUUUAAUUUUAAAAUUUUUUCUCUGAGUCUAUUGAUUUCAAUAGUAUACCUAGAUAAAAGACAAUAUAUUUAGUUUACUUUUAAAAAAAGCACAAGCUGGCAGAAGUAUAGACUAGAUUUUUACAUAUAUUUUUGUUAAUAGAUGUAUAAAUAAAAUAUGAUUAGGGUUGUAAUAUAAUAAAGAUGGGGAAAAAACUGCAAAAUUAGCUUUUAAUUAUCUUUAAACUAUGUAUAUAUUUUUAUAAUAUAGAAUUUUGCAGCUGGACAGUUUUGUAAGAAAGUAUCAAAUAAAAAAGAAAACAUUUUCAAGGUGGCAUCUCUGUGUGAUAACUUCAGCAUGAAAGUUAAUCCUAUAUACAUAUAUAACCUAACUUACUUCAACCUAAAUCUUAACCUUAAAAUUACAAAGAUGCAUUGUAGAAUCGUUAAAAGUGACGCAAAUACAUACUAGUUUUUCGAUAUAAGAUUAUAAGAAUUACUAAUUAUUAAUCAAAAUUGGGGUAAUAAACGAUAAAUUGAUUCCGUGAUGGGUAA